AUGUUCGGCAUUGUCGCCAAGACUUUCGACGCUGUUUGCAGUUUAGUGCGACGGUAUUAUUGCUUGGGUCAUCACCAGGAUAUUCAAGACAUUCAAGAAAACCAUUUGGAGCAAGGAAUAGGAGUCUACCGUAACACCGUCAUCUGCAGUGAUUGGGAGUGCACUUUUGAUCGACCUGAAUUGUGGAAACCUACAGCUCCAAUGCUUUCUGUGGUCGUGGAUUAA